AUGCUAUCGCUCCUCUUACUUCUGCUGCAGCAGCAACAGCAGCAACAGCAGCAGCAGCAGCAGCAGCAGCAGGAACCCCAGCAGCAGCAGCAGGAGGAGUUUCUUCUGAGGGCACAACAUCAUCAGGAUCCCCCCAACAACAACCCCAUCAACAACCCCAUCAACAGCAGCAGCAACACAUCAGGAUCCCCCCAACAACAACCCCAUCAACAACCCCAUCAACAGCAGCAGCAACAGCAGCAGCAGCAGCAGGUGCAGCAGCAGCAGCAGCAGCAACUGGAUCGUGUUCAGCAGCAACCAAUAGAAAUAAAUGAAAUGAAUGUCGUAAGCAUCGAUGGUUUUGUAAAACUAAUCGCCGGAAUGAUGGCUCUUGUUGACCCCCAACAGAUAUCUCCAGUUACUAUACUGCAACGAGCAACAGGCAUUAUAUGUAGAGCUAUACAUGAAGAAGCUGAAACUCCUCCGGCUGCUGCUGCUGCUGCUGCUGCUCCUGCUGCUGCUGCUGCUGCUGGUGGUAGUGGUGGUAGUGCAGCAGCAGGAGGGGGUGCAGCUGCAGCAGCAGGAACGAGUGCAGCAGGAGAUGAAACCGCAGCAACAGCAGCAGCAGCAGCAGCAGCAGGAGGAGAAGCAGCAGCAGCAGUUGGCGUAUGA